AUGCCUGUGUAUGCUUGGUAUCGUAUCCUAGGUGAUCAGGUGUUGGCUAAAGGAGCAGUUCAGAACCUGACGUUCCUUUCGGUGCGUGCUCACCACGCUGGUCAGUACUACUGCACAGCGUCAAACCAAUUAGGAUACCAAACCUCCCCUGCUGCAUCACUCACUGUUCUCUAUCCUCCUAAGAACACCUCAGUUCUGGCUCGUCCCUCCAGUGUGGUGGAUGCUGGCAGGCCGUUGACUUUGACCUGCAGCAGUCAGGCCAACCCGGCAGUGGACAACUUCACAUGGCACCGAUUAGCUCUGGACGGGGGCUCUGUACAAUCGUGGGGCACAAAGUCCGGUCCCGUUUUCACCUUCUCAGAGGUCGGCCCCGGAGAGAGCGGUCAGUACUACUGUGAGGCCAGGAAUCGGAUCGGAGCCCACAGCUCUCCUGUCCUCACUGUGCGAGUCAGAGGUCGUCUUAAGGUCAUUGCCCUGGCGUCGGCGGUGGGCGUGUCUGCUGGACUCAUCACUCUUACCGUGGCCAUAAUGAUCAGUAAGAACAUGCACCGAGUAGACAUGGAGUCAGUAGAAAUAGCAAACAAGCGUCCUUCAGUGACAGCUGACACCAUGUUCUAUGAGUCAGCCCAACAGAACUUCCCAGUGAGAAAGGGCAAGAUGUCCGACAUACCGGAAGAGCCAGAUGACUUGAGUGACAGCUCCUACCCCUCCAUCAUUCCUCUAAAAGAUGCUCCACCAAUCACAGAAGUUGAAAAAGGCAGCUGCGCCCCCAACUACAUCACUGUCCAGUACUCCAGGUUGUCCAGUGGAGACCAGGUGCAGGUCCACAACCUGCCACUAGGUGGUGAUAAAAAACCAAAGGACUCCUCCAAAGUUGUUUACACCUUACUGCCCCAGCCUCGACACUGAACACAAGGAAAAAGCUGACCAGCACAUCAGUCUUGCUCAUGUCAACCAGUCACUUUGCUUCCAUCCGUCCACAGAGGACUGUGGAAACCAGAAACUGCUCCUCGUGAACUCUAAAGAUGCCUUACACGGUUCUAGGUCAGACAUGUUGUUCUGGGAUUCUCCAUGGUUCUUCAGACCAUAAGGGCAACAUGUGGUCUUGCUACUGACUGGGAGUCCAGCCUCUACACUGUGUUGCAUGUCUCUCCUGUUUUUCCUAUGCAUCUUACCACAGCAUGAUGUCUGAUGAAGUCCUAAAGGGAAAAGGUGAAAAAAAAGGAACAUCAACACUGAUAGCCAUGUUUUACUUGCCUUCAUAUCCACAGCACAGGUUAUAACUACUGUUGCUUUUCAGUUGAUGCUUGACACUGAAAUUUGCAACCAAGAAUAUGUAGAUGACAAAAUAUGACUGGUUGCUGCAUUAACCUUUGCAUCCUCAGAAAACUGAAAAGUGAUAAUCAUCUGUAUUUAAACAUAAAUGUCUCCAAUAAAAAUGUCAGUUUGGUAUUAAU